UGUAUCUGCGCGCUCUGGUGCUGGAGCGCAGUAGUUGAACGGGGCAUAAGCAAUGGAAAGUACAGAAGAACCGGCGACUGUCACAGCGCAGCUCUUGCCGGUUCCACCGCGGAGCGACCACGUCUCCUUCCUGGAGGGACAUACGCUGUACGUCUGGGGUGGAUGCCAGUGUGUGGAUGGAAAAGAAACAUUUCUGCCCAGUAAUGAGAUCUGGCUUUAUGACAUGGAGAGUGGAGUCUGGUCUCGGAGGCAGAUGGGCGGAGAGGUUCCUCCUGUUCUUUCAGAGACUUGUGGUGCAUAUCUCCAGGGUGUGCUUUACAUUUUUGGGGGAUGUGACAGCGAUGGCCACAGCAACAUGGUGUAUUGUGUUGACCUGUCAGAUGGGGAAUACAGCUGGAGAAAAGUAACAGACACAAUUGGAGCAACACCCUCUCCCAGGGUCAGACAUUCCUGCUGGGUCUAUAGAAACAGGCUUAUCUACUUUGGCGGAUAUGGGUGCAAAACACUUCGAGAGGUCAACAACUCCAAAAGCUUCAUCAUUGAUGAGACAUCCUGGACAACAGUUGGGUCAGAAUUGUUCCAGUUUUGGGGUUGGAAUAAAGAAGUACAUAUGUUUGAACCUGAGUCAGCCACAUGGACUGAACCACAAACUCAGGGUCAGACUCCAGAGCCCCGGGCGUCCCAUGCCAGUGCUACUUUAGGCCAUAAGGGCUAUAUAUGUGGAGGUCUGGAAACGCUGACGAUAGACAUUCAUUGUUUAGAUCUAGUAACGUGGACAUGGACGCAAGUUGACCAUCAGGCUGCUUCUCUCCCACGGGGCCGUACUCUUCACACACUCACAGCCGUCUCAGACCACACGCUCUUCCUGUUUGGAGGCCUCAGUUCUUCUGGGGAGGUUCUUAGUGAUGGGUGGGAAUUUGACAUUAUAACAAGAGAAUGGAGAGAGAGGGACCAUGCACAUAAAGAUAAACCCAGGUUAUGGCAUUCUGCUGACAAGGGGAGGGAUGGUGAUGUAGUUGUUUUUGGAGGAAGCCAGACCUUCUUCUUUUUAAUGGAUUCGGUCGUGGCGCUCAGAUCUCCAUCUCAAACUCACUGUGGAGAUGUGCUGGUGUUUCAGACCCAACCGUAUACCCUUUCAAGAUUAUGUGAGGACUGCAUGGGAAAACAUACAUUUUCUCUUCAAGAGCAAGUGUCUUGGUUACCAGCCAAACUUCGGAAGACAAUUGGCAAGAGGAUAUCGUACUUCAGGGCAAAUAAUCAAAAUAUAGAUGCAGUUUCAUAAGAUCAGAAAGGCGAUCCUUGUUUUAAGAUGGAUUUAAGAAUAUUUUUGUUCAAGCAUUCCACAUAACAGAUUAACUUCUUUAAUUGGUCAUAAAAUGUGGUCUAAUCUUCAUCAAAGUCAUAAGUAUAGACCAACACAAUGUGCUUAAGCUAACAACACACAAACAAUUAUAAUAUUUCAUGUCUUUAUUGAACACAUCCCAUUAAACAUUCACAGUGUUGUGAAAAAGUAGGCAAACCCUUGAAUUUAAUAACUGGUCAAUCCUCCUUUAGCAGCAAUGACCUCAACCAAGUUUCAAUUAACUGCAGAUUAGACCCUCACAAUGUUCAGCAGGAAUUUUGAACCAUGGUUCCUUACAGAACUGCUUCAGCUCAGCCAUAUUCUUAAGAUGUUUAGUGUGAACAGCUCUCUUGAGGUCAUUCCACAGCAUCUCUAUUGGGUUAAGGUCUGGGCUGUGACUGGGUCAAAAGUUGGAUUUUCAUUUUUUGAAGCCAUUCUGGAGUUUAUGUUUAAGGACAACGGUCCUGCUGCAUCACCCAACUUCUACUGCGCUUCAGCUGGUGCACAGCCACUCAGACAUUAUCCUGUAGGAUAUCUUGAUAAACUUGUGAAUUAUUUUUUGUUUGUUCAGUAUUGUAACUUGGAUGAAGAUCAAACCAGAUUUUAAGACAUUUAUAAUUUUCCAGAAAUGUAUAUGUAAAUGCAGGUAAUUCCAAAGGGUUCACAUACUUUUUCUCGCCACGGUAUAGUAAAGACAAACUGCAUUCUUUUUUGACAGUAUGUACAGAAUUUGUUUUCAGUUCUUUUCACAUAGAUGUAAUAUGGUUUUACCUAUUUAAACCUGCUGGAAAGUCACUGAAGGUUUUACCACUCUUUUUCCACCUGUAUGUAUAUUUUUGUAUACACAUACAUACAUAUAUUUUACAGCCAAUAAAAGAUGACAUGGUUGUUGUUUAUUUAGAAAUGAAUCUGGCAACUUUCGUGGCCGGUUGGCAAAACCUCCAAAAUCUCAAUCUUGGCAUAGGUUUCUAUAUAAAAAUAUGUGUCCAACAGCCACUUAGAGUUGACAUAUUUAAAUAAUCUUUACGUGAAAAACACAUAAGAAGUAUAUGAAUGUGCAUUAAUCAGUUAAAGCUGAUGUGUGUAAUUUUUUUCAGUGUUAAAAUUCUUGUUUCCCAGUUUAAUUUGCAGAGUCAACUAUAAGUUAGCCAUUUGUAGAUUGGGCUAACCUAAAAUUGUAAUUCUGUGACUAAAAUUGAAGAUUCCUCUCUUUGUUUGAGUGGCCCGUCCAGCCCGACACAGCAACAUUGACCAAUUUUGUGAGUUUGGGAUGGAAUCUGUGUCUGUGAAAUACUGUUUAUACAAGUAAUAGAAGACAGGUGGAGUGUUCUGAAAUCUGUUUGAAAAUGGUGAUUACUUUUGUAAUUCUGUUUGGUGGCGCAGAAAUUACACACUUCCGCUUUAAGACUAACCCCAUUCUGGCCCACUAUAUUAGAUGACUGACAGUAUCAUUACAUCAUAAGAAAGCAUCAUUAAGAAAUAAGACUUAAUUAUAAUUUUAUUAUUGUGCAUUACAAUAAUACACACCCUUUCAUUGCUUUAAUGAUCACUUUAUUAUUCAAUAUCAUGGACUGGAAUGCUUUGUUACAAAAUAACAAUGGAAUGAUAAAAAUUGGUGAUUAUACUAUACAUUGUUUUGUUUUUAUUAUUAUAAUUCUAUAAAAUCUCAUUGUUUUUUGUGAUUCAUCUCAUUCUUGAAGGACAACAGCUUUCAGUGUUUACUGUACCUGCUUGUCAAGAAAAAACUAUUUAUUUUUUCAUAUAAAACCUAAUAUUCUUUUUGGUAUUCCCUCAAAGUGCAGAAUAAAAAUAUUCCAGAGGCAGAGGGAGUCUAUAACCGUUCUGCAGUGCUUGUGGUAGAAGAAGACCACUGUUUAAGACUUUGUACUGCUUAAGACAUUGUUUGCAUGAUGAAUGUUGUCCAUUCAUACGAUUCUACAGCCCUAACAUACCGACUGGCAUUGCCCAAUCAUCUUAAAAAAGGCCCAUGGGAAGUUAUACUCACUUCACUGCACUGUUUUAAAAUCAAAGACGGAGAACAAUCUGCAGAAAUUUCAACACAGCAGCAAAGCAAUGCACAGCUCCACCAAAACUAUGCAGCAUUGCAGGGAAAGCUCACAGGGAUGAUUCGCCCAAAAUUAAAAAAAAAAUUAAAAAAAAUC